AAUCAGCUGUUAAUUGCAAUGCCGACGAGUAGAAAUAAAUUGUUUCAUUUUAACACUAAUGCACAGUUUUCUUCUUGCUUUUAAUUUUAGCUAUUACAAUAGAAAGUGAUUUUUCGUUAAAGCAUUAUUUUUAAACAGCUAAAGAAUGGCGCGAUCUUCCAUGUCACCUGUCAGUUUUAUUCAUUCAUCCAUUAUAGUGCAGAAAAAAAUGUGACUUGUUUGUUAAAUUCUGUUUUAUCCACUACUACGUGCUAGAUGAAGAUUAAGUGGAGCCGAUUUAUGUAUACUUGUAGUUUUACGAACUCGCCGGUGCCAGUGCUGUAUAGUAUUAUCUUAUGUAUAUGUACGUAGCGCACUCUUUUUUAUGGCCUAACAAAUUCCUUCUACAAAGAGCCCGUACGGCGUCGGCGGUUCAUGUUAUUUUAUUGGACAUCGGGGGUUAGCUUAUGUGUUAUAGUUGGUGCAAGGGUUGUUUAUUUUUUAAGUGAUUGUAACGCGUGGGGGUGGAAAAUGUCGGGUCGUGUUCGAAAACAGUCGGAUUGCCCAGUGGGGAAGCAAGGUCCUAUGAGGGCGACACUGCCGGUUUCGUCAGUGAUGAAAGGCGGUGGACUGAAGAAGAACGCUGCAAAUAGUCCAACGCUGUCACCGACGAACGUGUGGCGACGGAUAUCGCCCGAUCACGCGCUUUCUGGCCAGAGAAGUCCAGGAGCUGUUAACUACAAAGGAAAAGGGCGCUUUAGCUCUAAUGUUAUCAGACGGACAGCCUCUCUAGACAAUCUUUAUCACAAAGGCCAAUGGCCAAGGGACUACUACCUUCAUGCAGGACAGUUACAAGUUGAUAAGUCUACACAAACUGAUGAUGGUGGUGGAGUUUCUGGACGGUCAUCUAGGGGCUCAGAAGAUGACAAACUAGACCGUUUCUUAAGAAGCCGCCUCCAAAGACCACACAAAACAUCAGCAUCAGGAGAUUAUUCAUCACAUUCUAUGAGUCCUGGAUUCUGGUCCCGCUUUGGCACGGGUGGUGUGCCCUUAAGGGCGGCACGUUCAUCAGUUGAAGGGCUUAAUCAAGAAAUAGAAAGACUUGUACUCUACCCAGCUAGUGGCACACAAACAUCGCAUAUUGACCGGCUACGAGAUAAGGUCACGCCAGAAGGGCACCGCGCGCCACUCGCGGAGCUACUAAGGCGCUCAGUCAACACACAAACUCCACACGACCUAUGUCACACAGCCCACUCAUCAGGCGGUAGCGUCUGCUCAUCACCAGAUCUCGACGGCUCCAAACUCGGGACUUCACCACAAAUAAACCGAUUCCUAGCACGCGAACCUCCAGAUGGUUGUGAGAAGGUAAAUCUGAAAGCCGGUGAGGGCGCGUACGUGGAGUCAAUGGUGAUGAAGCCAACAGUGCCCGCUUUCACACUGCGGCCGUCACUCGGCUCCGCUUUCCAGCCACUGCAGCCCGCGCCCACCUCGCCCGCGGGCCCCGCGCCUUUCCCCGCCACGCCACACCCGUCGCCCCACUGACGUGACGCGCGCCGGGGGGCUAAUGUCACUCGACGGCGCAAUAGGGUAUUUGACAUUUUCCUACAAUGCUUCAGGUGUUAAAAAUUUCCACAAUACUACAUACAGAGUGCCAAGUGUGAGAAUUUCUACCUACGUUUGCUUGUUGGAUCGCGUGAAAGUCAUCUACGAUUUAUAUGGUAUCGAAAGAACGCCAUCUAGUGACAGUACGGUUUCCCAGUAUUUUAACUAGAUGCGCGCGAGCGCUAGAGCGCUACUCCGACACCAUAUAAAUCACAGUUAAGUUUCACACAAUUUAAUAAGUGAUUGACGUAGAUGGAACUCACACUUGGCACUCAGUUCGUCACGACAGUAAAACCUUGAAUUGGGUACACGGAGUUGAUUUUAUAGUCGCAUAUAUUAUAAAGCCUCUAUAAUCCGGGCUCAGAAAAAAAAUGCCUUCCUUCCUUCUGUCAGUUCGUCAUAUACAACAUAAUUAAACAUAAAAAUUAAUUUUAGUUAAAUGAAAAGAACACGAUUUAAUUAAUUUAAAUUAAUUCGUACUGCGCCGUUGUACGGUUAUGUCAAAUACAUAACAUUGCCACAGUGUGAAUGUAUUUAAAAAAAAUGUGGUUUUAUUGUUUAUUUACAAUCGAUUCAAAAUUUAAUCCAACAACAUUCGUUAGUUAGUUAAUGAUUUCGUUUUUAAUAAUGAUAACGAUGCGUAGGAGGGCAAAUAAAAUAUUAGAAUAUGUUUAUCAUAAAUUCAACGCCACCUCAAAAUGAAUAUUAAAACUAUAUUAAAUUUAAUAAUUAAUAAAGAGACAAUUUUUUUUUUAUAAACAUACUGCGCUGGUACAAGUUAUGGAACUAUUGUUAUGUUAUAUGAACAACUAACAGACGUCGGAAACGCAUUAUUUCGCAGUCAUACUUGAAUGCAGCACACGCGAUCAAAGUUGGCCGGACUGCACUGUAGGAAGACAAGAGUGGCUGUGUAACAGAUAUUUUUCUAAAUAAUUAUUGUUACAUAUACAAAUGUCACGUUAAACUAAGUAUUAUUCAAUAGUAGGUGAAGGUGACAUUUGUACACUGUACAAGCUCGAAUGCCAUAGAGGGCAACCUUAAGCCCGGCCAAGUAAGAUUGUGCCAUUGAACUACAAUACGCGAGACGCUAAAACCACAUGCUUAUUUAACUUUCGUUCUAUCUUCGUGCAUUUUGUUUUCCAUUAUAAUAUUAAAACAAAAUUACAAAUCGCGCCCCAUUAUUAAACCAAAUUCAAUUUAAUGAUUUAUGUAAUGGAGAUACGUAAUUUCGGAAUUAAUAGUAUCAGAAUUCGUUACACCAUAAGGGUUUAAUAUAAUUGCCAUAGUUAGUCCGCUACCAACUUAGACUGCAACAUCACUUAUUACUGAGAGUGAGAUUGCAAUCAAGGGCUAACUUGUAGCUGAUCAGUAUUUCUUGAUACUUAUUCACAGGAAAAUAAGUUCGAUUUUCUCAUCUUGGUGAUUAACUUAAAUUAAUAAUGGUUUCAAGUUUACAGCUCUUUUCAAAAUGACAUUUCACGCUUUGCUGUAAAAUUUGUCUUAAAGACUUCUCAUAAUAAUAAGGCUGACCAGUCUGAGAUCAACUAAAUACCUCUGAAGUCGGAUGGAAUCUUAUUUUUAUUUCCUUAGCGCGUACUGUACGUUUUUAUUUUAUAUUGGCACAAAUGUUUACUUUACGUUUGUUAUUUACAUACCGAUAUAUACCUGUUAUAAUAUAAUUUCUUUAAUGUGGGAAUGUCAAAUACCUUGUUGUACUAUUUAAGUCACCAGACAUUAAAAUUGGUCAUAUUCGACCCAUAAACAUCACACUUCACCCCCAUAAUUACAUUGUUCAAAGUAACGAUAACAAAGGACAGUAAACAGAAAUUGGACUAAUUUUACUAGGCUAAUUUUACCAGAUAAAAUCCAUCCAGUUCAUCCAGUUUUGUAAUAGACAUAACAUUUCACAAUAUCGCAUUUCACAAAUAUGUAUAUAAAGUACAUGCAGUUCAAAGUGUUGGUGCAUCAAAAUAUCUUUUGCGUUUGUAUAAAGGCAAACCGACCGUGUAGUUUAUAUUCGCUUUUUAUUGAAUUUUAACUUGUACUAUUGUUUAUUAAUGUUAAACGUUUUAAACUAUGUUUGUUUCUGAGAUUUGUUUAUCUAAUAACUUGACUAUUCUAUUGCCUGUUUCUUUUAC